CCCUCAGCCUCCCUCUCUCUCUCAGAGCUUCGAGGCAACGUCAAUGGCUUCUCGCGCUCUCGCCGCCCUCUGUCUCUUCUUCCUCCUCCUCUCGUGCUCCAUCUCCUCCUCCACCGCCGCUCUGGUCAAGGAACAGCCCCUGGUCCUCAAGUACCACAACGGAGCUCUUCUGAAGGGCAACAUCACCGUCGACCUCGUCUGGUACGGUCGCUUCACCCCCACCCAGCGCUCCGUCAUCGUCGACUUCGUCCGCUCCCUCGCCUACGCCCGCUCCCCUCCCCCCUCCGCCGCCUCCUGGUGGCGCACCACCGAGAAGUACAAGGGCGGCAGCUCCAACCUCGUCGUCGGACGGCAGGCCCUCCACGAGGCGUACACCCUCGGGAAGUCCCUCAAGGACCGCCACCUCCGCGCCCUCGCCGGGAAGUUCAACGCCGCCCCCGGCACCAUCACCGUCGUCCUCACGGCGGCGGACGUCGCCGUCGACGGGUUCUGCAUGCGGUGCGGGUCGCACGGGUCGUACCGGCCCGGGUCCGCCUUCGUCUGGGUCGGGAACUCGGAGACGCAGUGCCCGGGGCAGUGCGCGUGGCCGUUCCACCAGCCCAUGUACGGCCCGCAGACGCCGCCGCUGGUGGCGCCGAGCGGCGACGUCGGGGCCGACGGCAUGGUGAUCAACCUGGCGACGCUCCUCGCCGGCACCGUCACGAACCCGUUCGGGAGCGGGUACUUCCAGGGCCCCGCGGACGCGCCGCUGGAGGCGGUGUCGGCGUGCACGGGGAUAUACGGGUCGGGCGCGUACCCGGGCUAUCCAGGCCAGCUCCUGGUGGACAAGGUGACCGGGGCGAGCUACAACGCCCACGGGCUCGGGGGCCGGAGGUUCUUGCUGCCAGCGAUGUGGGACCCGGACACGUCAGCGUGCAAGACCCUGGUGUGAUCGCGCCGCGUGGACGAAGAAGAUCAUCGUCAUCAUCAUCACCCAUGUACUAUGGGCCCUGUAGAUAUUGUUGGGGGUGGUUCGCUGUUACUGUUGUAUUAAAAGUUUAAACUUUGUCUAGACUCGGUUCGCGGUUGACCGGAUGGCCCCGAGUCGAUCUCGGCUCGGUUCAAUUCGGACCGGGUUUAUGCCGAGCAUUAGCGAAGGUCGGUGUUGUGUAUCGCGAGGCUCGAGGGAUGGAGGGAUAAGGAUGAGUUCUCUUUUUUGG